GAGUCUGGCCGGUCGGCCGCCGCCACCGCCGCCGCGCACGAGACGGUGACGAGCACCAGCGGCAGCAACGGCUUCACCUUCCAGCCGGGCAACGACCGGAAACCGGAGGAGACGGAGUCGCCGUCGAUCUCGUCCUCGUCGGCGUCGUUCGUGUUCGGCCAGAACCUGGAGGAGCGCGUGACGAUGGCAGCGCCCGACGGCGGCGCCGUCUCGUCAACGCUGGACGAGCCGGCGCCGGACGGCGGCGACAGCGAGCCGGCCGGCGCGCAGGCGGCGCCGGCCGCCGGCCUCAGCCUGCGCGAAUCGGCCGCCGUCUACGAGAAGCAGCGCACCUCCAAGCGCAAGUACGAGGAGGUGGAGGUGGUCACCGGCGAGGAGGACGAGAGCAACGUGCUGCAGAUCAACUGUAAGCUGUACGCGUUCAACAAGGACAACUGUUCGUGGCUGGAGCGCGGCCGCGGCCUGCUGCGGCUCAACGAUCGCCGCCAGGAGGAGGGGCCGCUCCAGUCCCGGCUGGUGUUCCGUACCCAGGGCAGCCUGCGUCUGGUGCUCAAUACCAAGAUUUGGCCUGGCAUGAGCGUGGAGAAGCCCAGUGAGAAGGACGUCCGCGUUACUGCCAUGGAUAACGAGCAGGUCAAGGUGUUCCUCAUCAAGAGCAGCACCAAGGACGCCGAGCUGCUCUUCAACGCGCUGGACUGUCGACUGAGCAGCCUGCAGGCGGCCGACGCCGACGACGAGCAGGACCCGGAGGCCGCGGCCAAGAAGGCCCGGGCGCAGGAGCAGCCGCCCGCCACGCAGGGCUGAACCGACCACCUGGCUUCGGUUGUGAUGCGGCCGGGCCGGCGGGCGGUGCUGCCGCCGCCGCUGCCGCCAUCGCCGCCGGCCGGACCGCCCAUGCCCUCCGCCGCCGCCACCGUCUGCGUCACCGGCCGAGGGCGCCGUCUCCUGACCAUCGCCCGCCCGCCACUGGCGCCGCCUGGCGGCUAACCGACGCGGUGGCCCGUGGGAUCGGCUGGUGGCGGGCCGGUGCGACUCACGUGCUCACGCGAGUGCGACCAGUCGCUAGUGUAGCAGGCGCGUUCCAUGUGCCCGGGCGACUGCCGGCCGCUCCGCCGUCCUGCCCUCCGCGAGCGGCACAUCUGUACGGACGCACUGUCCGCACUGCUGCCCUGACUCGGGCGCCGUUGUCGCGCGCUCCGGUGCAGGGAGCGGCGCCAGCCAGCCCGGCUCGCCGUGUGUGCCGCGCCCCGGAGCGAUGGACAUCCCGUGCUGUAUGUGGGCAGAGCGGGCCGUCUGUGCGCCCUGCGAUGACACCCAGCUGAAGGAGCUCUGUGUGGCUUGGAGGAUAGGUUUACCGUCAUGUUUUAUUGUUGUAAAUAAACGUUUUGGACCCGG